AUGGACGAUCUACUCGCAAUUUCGAAGUCCAUCCUGGAGAAGGUGGCACGGCUCCAGGCGCUAGACAACUACUUCAGAACUCCAGAGAUCCUCGCGCGACAACAACGCGUCGAUCAGCUUGAUGAGCUGGUCCAGCAGAAUGCUAAGAGAUUCCGUGAGGACACAGCUGGGAAGAUUGAUAUCCGACCAUUUAGGGCGCUCGUUUUGGAACAAUCCAAGCUCGAGGAGGAAAUCGAGAAAGACAAAGCCCUGUUUACGCAACGCCUUCUCGACGAUUGGGGCACGGUUCCGGAGGGCCUUCAGUCACUCACAGCUUCUACUCUCUCAGCUACACAAGAUCCUCUGCCAGCUGAUUCGAUACCUGCACCCUCGCGAGCUCCCUUGCCAGCUAGCUCGAUACCUACGCCCCCAGCUCCACAAGCUCCUUUGCCAGCUGAUUUAAUGCCCACACCCUCGCGCAGUUCUGCAGUCCACGAAAGUCUGGAAAGAGCUGAGCCAGAGCGCGAUGCGACCGUUGGAUCCCAACCCCCGUUGACCGAUAACGCCGAACCCAUCCCGAGCAGAAAACCCAGAACCUCCGCCUCACGACGAAGAUCCUCCAACAUCUCGCGCGAUGACAACCGACCCGUCAAACGCAGUCGUCGAGGCGAAAUAACGCCUUCCCUUACACCGGACCGAUCUAUUGAGUUCAACGAGGUCUAUCAGGGUGGCCAUGCCCCAGCCAAGUACAGGAUUGUGCAGUUUCCGUUUCAUCAAGGCAAUUGGUAUAUCUUGGAGUGCAAAGACUGCGAUAUACAGUUCCAAAGGCACGAAGUUGUUGAGGAGGCCUAUGACCACUUUUAUCACAAUCAUGGCCGUGGUUUUGGUAUUACAGAGGAGCAGAUUGUUCAAAGGCUGGGCACCCAUGUGCCGGACUGCAAUGCCGAGCUCGCCGACAAAAACAAUGCGCUCUGUAGCCUGCCUCCCGAUCCAGAUGGCGACGAGACAGAGGCUGAAACUGGGGAUGAAGAGCCACCCGAACCCCCGAAGCACGCGAAUCCACGGAAGAAGAGAGGGAAACGCGGAAGGCCGAAAAAUCGCAACAGUCAUUGGGUAUCUCCCGCGACAUUCAAGGAUGUUGACCCUCGAAUCAUCAAUGCACAGCCGGGUGACAUCGUCUGCUUGUAUAAUGACAGAACCAAGUUCUUUUCUCCUCUCAUGAUCCUCCCGUGGGGACCUUUCCCGCGAUUCAGCCUCAAGAGAGCAAUACAGGACGUAGAACUCAACACAUCAAUCCCCAAAUGCUACGAUGGUGCGAAAAGCACGGAUGUUGCUCCGCGACCUUGGGCCCCUGGCUAUGAAGACAAUGGGGCUUUGGCUCACAAGCGCAGCCUUCCGUGUAUCUUCUUUCGGGGUGUUCAAGAUUUUCCACAUGAUUGCAGGUCGGGUUGGGUCCCGUUGAACAAGCUCAAGGUCUACGAUAAGGCCUGCCCUCGCACUCGUUGCAAAGAAUCCGUUGAAGAGUACAUCGAAUUCUAUUCGGAGUGGUGCAAUAACCCACCUCCUGGGGUCAUGCAGGACGGGGCGCCCGUACCAGAAAGAACACAUCGCCGUCAACCAGAAAGCCAUCGAGGUCCUGAGAACAGCGCCCUAGAUCAAUCCGUGGCACGGAGCACAGUUCAAAGCCCUCGACACUUGACGGGACAGAACAGUGUUGCGCCUACAAUUGAAGAUAUUGAGAUCAAGCAAGAGUCAGAUGAGCAGAUCGAAGAUGGAGAGGUAGAGGGAGAGGAGAACGAAGACAGAGAGGAACAGGGCGCGAGCGGCUUUCGGAGACACUAUAGAAUGGGACUCCCAUCGCAGGGUAGCAUUAACGACCGUAUUGGGCCGUUUUUGCGACAAGUGCUUGAUGUGACGCUGUUCCUACAUGUUACUUUUUGUGAUGAGAAAAGACCUCAAUGUUCGCGAUGUUUCGAUAAAGACAUCCCAUGUGAAUAUCCUCGUCAGAAAUCUCGUGCCUUGAGAUCACCUACUCAAGAAGACUCAUGGACUCAACUCCAAUCGCUCACCAUCCCAACGCCACACUACGCCCGUUCAACCAGUGCAAGUCUCUCAGCAUCAGAUCUCUCACCCGGCCUCUCACCCUAUCUCGCACCAAGUCCCAACUUCACUCUCCUCCCACAAGAACUCCCCCUUCCAUCCGUCGAUCUCGGCGCCGCAGAGCUCGAACUCUUCAGUUACUAUCUCUCCCACACAGCUCGUUCGCUAGCCUACGAUGACGAUGAUCUCUAUGCUUUGCAAGUUGGGUUUCCAAACUUGGCUUUUAGAAGUAAACCCCUUAUGAGCUCCAUUCUCGCACUAGCAGCUGUACGAAAAUGCCACGAUAUGAUAUCUCAACCUUCGCAGAGGAUUGAUAAGAGUCAAGUUAGACAUUUACUUGCUCUUGCGGAUGAACAUCAUAGGGUUUCUCUUCGUCAGACAAGGGCUGAUAUUCCAAUUGCCAAUCAUUACGAUCACGUUGUUGCCAAUGCACCGCUGAUGGUUCUUUAUGCAACGGCGAAUCAUGCAGUGAGAAUUCACGUUGCAAAGACGCUGGAUGAUGGCAGAGGUGCGAGUUUGGCGCCGGCGCAGUUACAUUGGAUGACGCUUAUCCGGGCGGCGCAUUUGGCUUAUACAGGCCUUUUGCACUCGACCAAGGAUUUUGGGUUCUUGGAGGACUUUACGGCUAGUCCACCUGGUAUAACGCUGAAUAGCCCGUCGACUAACGGGCUAGUUCCUUUGGGAGAGAACGGACCUGCUCCCCAGACAGAGCAACUUCUCAUGCCAAUUAUCGCGGCGACUUCUGGUUCGGCGCUGGAGAAGUUGAGAAGAAGAGCGCAGGCUCUAGAGUUUGCUGCGCAUUUGAAGCCAUCUUGGGAGUCACCUGGUGAAGAUACAGAGCUUCAAGCAUGUCUUGUAGCUCUUGAAGCGCUGGGCAGUAUCGUCAACGAGCUAUUUCACCCAGAUCAGAGUCAAACUUAUGCAGAUUCUCAACAACCCGAUCUCGAAGCGGGUUGGGCUGCAUUGAGUCAACUCUCAGAUGUAUCACCCUGGCUACGAAGUUACAUGGCCCGCGUAACAUUCUCCACACCACCCAAGCCCCUCCGCCGAACAAUAAUGUGGUUUCUCAACCGGAUCCCCAGCGAAUUUCUCAGUAUCGUCGAGUCUGUCCUAGAUAAUAUCCCCACGAGUCCAGAUAGUAUUCCCGACGAGGGUAUCCAGUGCGAGGGCGACGUCUCUGAGACGACGAGACUUGCUAUGGACAUCUUUUGUCAUUGGCUUGUUUUGGUUAUGUUGUUAGAUGGUGUUUGGUGGAUUGGAGGUAUUGGGGCUUGUGAGUUGGGGAGGAUAAUGAAGUAUGUGAGUAGGAAGAAUUUCUUUGGGGAGUUUGUGGGGAUCGAGGCGUGGUGGCCGAGGAGUAUGCUUAAUAUUGCUAUGGAGAUUGGGAGUCAGAGUUGA